CUGCCAGCCUCAUCCAUAUCCCGAGCUUCCUUCCCUCUCAGGAACCAUGAAGUUUAAACAAUGUACUUCUUGAGAGAGGCUCUUUUUUACCCAUGUCAUCGGAAAAUUGACAUGAAGCAUCAUCACCACUUUAAGAAGCUUGCCAAAUCCCAUACUGCAAUUCAUAAGCUUGUGCAUAUGUUCGGUUGGAUACAUCAUAAGUUCCGAAACAACACGGGUUAUGAAUUGCUUGCCCAAUGCAAAGCGACCUUCGAUGACGAUGACAAGGCCGUGGCUCCAAGUAGCUUCGGAAACCUGGAAAGAGAGGCAAACCCGUUGUUAGUGAAGAACGCAGUGCUGGUAGAAGCAUUGUUGGAGGAGUGGCACGACGGGUUUCUGGCGAUGGGCACCGCCACCUGGUUCCAUGAAGAAAGCGGCGAGCCGGAGGCGGUCGAGGUCGAUGGCGACAAAGCCAAGAAGCGGAGGUUCAGCGCCCCAUUGGCCAGCGGGUUCGGCUACAAGCACGGCGAGUCCAUGGAGUUGGUGGGCUCAAGCCAAGCUGCCGAGCUAGGCUGGGGCGACGAAGAUAUGGACACGGUCGCUUUGUUACACCAUGUGGUACAGUUCUUAAUGCAGGAGGAAGGCCACAGGGAGAUGAGAGUUGAGAGGAUAAGGACUACGCUCGCGGAACUCUUCUCGCGGCGGGACUCGGUGUACGUUCCCUGGGAGAGGAAGGAAGGGCGAGACGACGGUGGUGCGAUGAAGGAGGCGAUCUGCGGCACCAGACCAGGUUCGGAUGUAGCCGCCGAGCCGGUUGGUCCGAAGGGAUUGGAAACCGAACCGAGCGCUAGACUCCACAAGGUUCAGCUCACAUCCAAGAUGUUGAAGAGAAAGAUCCACCCGGCGAUGGAACGCGAGAACCACUUGAAGGAUCACACAAUGGCCGGGGGUGACGAAGGGAGGCUAUGACAAAGAUUGCAAGGUUAAGACCUCCACGGCCAGAUUUGAUUCCCAAAGAAGCCGAAGAACAGUUAUGUGGGCAAAAAUCUCAAUCAUCUGAAUCCAGGCAGGCUCUGAACACCGGAUUUGGGAGAUCAUGUGACGUGUUUGCUUCUUUUGCUGCUUUCAUUUUUUUUCGUUUGUUUCCGCGUGGUGAUCAAUGUCGCCAAGCACAAUGAAUGUGUGCUCCAUAACAUGGGUCUGGUGAUUUGGGGACCGUGACAUGAUUGAUGAACACUUUUAAGCUCUUUUUCACUAUACAAUCGGUCGCUUGUGCCUAUCUAGUUCCUGUUUCUGAACAUGAAAUCUGUCGCUUUUGUCUGUUUACUUCCUGUUUCCAGAAAAAAUGAA